AUGAAGCUCCAGCAUCUCGACGACGACGAGUCCGUGAAGGUCACGGUGAUUCACAUGUUGGACACCUUCCUGGAUAACUUUGUGGCCAACCCGUUGGAUAGCCUCCAGGAAGGAACGGCGGAGGCCGUCAAGGCCAGGGAUGUCCCGCGCCUCGCGCGCACCCAUUUUCCGCUUUGCAUGUCCCAAGUCGACAGCCAUCUACGCCGUGAGGGUCACCUCAAACACCACGGCCGAUUUAUGUACGGGCUCUUUUUGAAGGCCAUUGGGCUCAGCAUGGAGGACUCCCUCGCACUUUUCGCCACCCUUAUGACCGAGAAAGGGGAUGGAUCGGUGGAGGCCUUUGCCAAUACCUCCUACGGCUAUAAUGUACGGCAUAAUUACGGGAUGGAAGGAAAAAAAACAAGCUACACCUCUGCCUCGUGUGCGACAAUAAUUGAUCUUCCCCCCAAUGUGUCCAAUCAGGACUGCCAUGGAUGUCCUUUUCGCUUUCGCGAUGAGGCCGCUUUACGCCUCAUCCUCCAACGGGAACGGCUAAAUCCCGCCGGGAAAGACUACCCUAAUGUUCGUCCUAGCGCUUCCGAUAUCGAAGAUAUUGUUUCGGACUGUAAAGAUCAACAUUAUACCCGCGCGUGUUAUAAGUAUUUUAUGGCUACUCAUAAAGAAACAAAGCGUGAUAUGCUUUUUCGUUCGCCUUAUGAAUACUAUUCUUGUAGCCGCGAGAGUGAGGUGGCGGUGGCUUCGCCCUCGAAGCAGGGAAAUGAAAAUAUUGAAACCCCAGUUAAAUCAUCGGUUAUGACCACCAAACGAUUGGACACAUCACCAAUUCUCAAAGAGGAUAUUAUUCGGACUCGUCUUUGA